AUGGGAGUACCGACCUUUUAUCGCUGGCUUUGCAGCCGGUACCCGCGUGUGGUACAGGACGUGAAGGAUGACCUGAACGAGCGCGAUGUGGACUUCAGCGACGUGGAAUCCUUCGGGAUGGACCUGCUCAUGCCGAACCCGAACGGGGAAUUCGACAAUCUCUAUGUAGACAUGAACGGUCUGAUCCACCCCUGUUGCCACCCCGAAGGACUGGAACAGCCGCCAUCGGAGGAGGUGAUGUUCCAGUGUAUAUUCGACUACCUGGACCGUCUCUUCUACCUGGUGCGCCCCCGCAAGUUGCUGUUCCUUGCCAUCGACGGCGUCGCGCCUCGGGCCAAGAUGAACCAGCAGCGGUCCCGCAGGUUCAAAUCGGCGGCGGAGGCCGAUUUGGAGGCUUCGACGUACGAGAAGGUGGCCGCGGAGUUCGCCAGCAAGAACAUCGUCGUGCCGCCGAAGGAGAAGCGCUGGGACAGCAACGUGAUCACGCCGGGCACCCCGUUCAUGCACGAGCUGAGUCGCCGCGUCGUGUCGUUCAUCGAGGAGCGGCGCCGCGUGUUCGAGUCGUGGUCGCGCAUCCACGUGAUAUACUCGGACCCGAACGUGCCGGGCGAGGGCGAGCACAAGAUCAUGAACUUCAUCAGGAACCAGCGGCACUCGCCGCAGCACGACCCCAACACCCGCCACGUGCUGCACGGGAUGGACGCCGACCUGAUCAUGCUGGGUCUGGCCACCCACGAGGUCAACUUCUACAUCAUCCGGGAGAUCGCCGUCAUCAUCCCUACGACGCGCAAACCUGAACAGGAGAUCCGCAAGGCGGUUCUAGCUGCGCAGGCGAACCCGCUGUCCGGGUGCACCAAGCUCCGGAGCGACAAGUCCUACCGCUCAAUGCUGCGGCAGAACUGGAAGCCGAUGCAGUUUUUGCGCAUCCCCGUGUUGCGGGAGUACCUAUCGCACCAGCUGUACUUCCCCGCGGGUUGGAGCGGUGGCGGGGGGUCGAUAGCCUUCGAGCGCUGCAUCGACGACCUGGUCCUGAUGUGUUUCUUCUGCGGCAACGACUUUUUGCCGCACCUGCCAUCGGUGUCGAUCCCCGGGGGCUCAAUCGACCAGAUGAUCCUGCUGUACCAGAGCGUGCUCCCAGAUCUGGGCGACUACCUAACAAACGAGGGCGAGAUUAACUUCCCCCAGGUGGAGCGGUUUGUGUCGUUCAUCGCUCGUGUGGAGGACGACGUCUUUCGAACGGAGCAGGAUUUCAAGCAGCGCCAGAAGGCGCGCCGGGCACAACAGGAGUCACAAAAGGCGGCAGCGGACGAGUCGUCCAGGGAUACCCACCAUGCUCAGAAUUCAGAUCGCAGCUUGUCUACACGUGGCACCGCCCCGAGCGGUGCGAAUCCAUCCAAAGUAGGUGGUUCGCCGGACGAAGUACCGCAUACGACAAAUGGCCACGGCACCGCCUCUAGUGUCGGCCCUUUGAAAGGGUCGGAUGGGUCGUCGGCGUCCGAAACCGACAACGCCGAUUGUAAAAGCGCGGCGUCAAUGUCGGAGCUCGACGUGGCAGCCGCGUUCAAGAAGCGUUGCGACGAGCUGCUCAAGGCGCACCGUGAGAUCGCCGACCCGGUGGAGCCCAUCGACCUGUCGCUGAACGACUCCAAGCUGUGGAAAGCUGCCUACUAUCGGCAAAAGUUCAAUCUAUCGGAAACCGAUGACGUGUCCGCGUUCGCCGCCACAGUGGCGGCAGAAUACGUGAAGGGCAUGUGCUGGGUGCUGCGCUACUACUACCAGGGCUGUGCCAGCUGGGGAUGGUUCUACCCGUUCCACUACGCGCCCUUCUGUUCCGACUUGAAGUUCGAGGGGAUGGAGUUCAGCUUCGACUACGGCGAGCCGUACACCCCGUUUCAGCAGCUGCUGAGUGUGAUGCCCAUCCGCUCGGCGCACUGCCUGCCCGGCGAGCUGCGUCAUCUCAUGACCGACCCCGAGUCGCCCAUCGCCAGCUUCUACCCCACGCAAUUCCGGGAGGACCCCAACGGCAAACGCUACAAGUACCAGUGGGUGGCUCUGCUGCCGUUCAUCGAGGAGGCCAGGCUGCUACAGCUGGCGCGCCCGCUUGAGGCGUCGCUGCCACCCGAACUCCAGGAUCGCAACCGCGUGAGGAAGGACGUGCUAUUCGUCGGCAGCGGCGGCACGGGCGCGCUCGUAGGCGAGCUGACCUGCGAGGGCGACCGCUGUGAGUUCGUCUCCAAAGCCGACAAAAAGCACCAGAGCGUCCUGCUGGACGGCGCGCAGCUGCCGUCGCGCGUGCUGCGCAUUGAGGACCUGAUGGAGGAGGGUCGCAACCGCGGGUUCAACUGCGACGUGGCCAAGAGGAUGAUCACCAACGUGUUGGGGCGCGGCCCGUCUCGCGGAGGCGGCGGGGCUGAAAAGGACCGCGAUGUGUUGCGCAACUUCGGCCGCGAUUUCCACCAGACGCAAAAUGCCUACAACCCGCACCAUCACCCGUCGCAAAACGCCUACAACCCGCACCAUCACCCGUCGCAAAACGCCUACAACCCGCACCACCACCCGUCGCAGAACGCCUACAACCCUCACCACUACCAGACGCACCAUGACGGCUCACGCAGGGACGCCCAUCGUGCGUAUAACGGCGCGGGAAGGCGGACAGGCGCUGCACAACGCGGGUUUGCAGUUCCCCAGAUGCAGCCUUUUCACGGCACCCCGACACCAACUCCGGCCCCCGGCCACUACGACCCCUACGGCAUGGGCGGCGCAAAUCGACACCACCAGCAACAGAACCGAGGCUACGCACAGCCCUCUGGGCACUACAACCCGCAAGGCCGCUCUGUAGCCCACCUCAAUGCUGGUGACGCCGCGCAGCACCACUAUGGAGCGGGCGGUAGGAGGGACGGUGACGGCAACCGCGAUUUGCACGGCAGCAGAGGACAACGCCCUACGCAUACACACCCAAUCGGACACGACAGGGACGGACGGGUUGCAGGCCGUUUCCACCCUGGAGGACCUCCGCCCAACGGAGGUCGCAGGCCGAACGAUGCCUAUCCUCCAACCCACCAGGGUGGACAAGGAUUCUCAAGAUCGGCACACAGCUCACAGAGGGAGCAGAAUGCGGGCGCGCCCAGAAAGCACGGUCAGCCUAAUUAUUUGGCCGGACACAAGCUGGAGCGGCCGAAGCGCCCUCCGGUGCACGCUGUGGGCGGGCCGCCGCCGCAUCCGCCAUCCACUGAGCGCGCCCAAGCGGGAAAUACCGAGCCAGCGCCUCAGAAGCGGGCGCUCGACGCUGCCGAAGUGCCGCCGGCGGUGAAGCCCAGCCCCGCGAGCAGACACGGGUGA